AUGGCUGACCAGCCGCGUCGGGUAGAACCAGCUACAUCAAGCCCAAAAUCAAGCCCGAGGGGCUCUAGAUCACCAGCAUAUCCUCGUACUGAUUCUACAGGCACCCUGAAGACCACAAUUAGUUUAGGAAAGGUUCCGUCUGUUAUUCAUUCGGGACCUUUUUAUCUCAUGAAAGAUGUCCCAGAUCAAGCUGAGAUGACAGGCUACACAAACUUAAUGUCUUACCAUGGUCUUGGUAAUUCUUACAAUAAAUUCUUUACAAAGAAAGUCAAGGAGGAAUUGAGUGCCUUUUUACCAAAUCUUCCAGGAAAUAUAGAUUCUCCUGGUCUUAACGAUGCAAGUUCAUUACGGUCAGUGAUUGAGAAGCCUCCAAUCACAGUUCGAGAAUUAAUGCCACUGUCAGGAGCAAGCUUGACUGGAUUCAGGCUUCAUCCUGGACCUAGCAAGAAGGAAAUUGGCAAAGAUGGCAGCAUGCAAGAAAUUCAAGGAGAGAAUUCAUCAGAUGCAGCACAUGAUAAAAAGAAGAAAGUAAAACGUACAGAGGAAGAAAAAGAAAAGAAAAAAAGGAAAAAGAAAAAGAAGAAGAAGCAUAGUCCUGAACAUCCAUCAUCUGUUCCACCCUCAUCUGAAAUUGCCCCAUAA